AUGGCAACACAUUUUUUUUUUUGGAUGUCCAGAACCCUUUAUCAGGCUCUUUGCUUUUUUUUUUUUUGCCACAUCCAUAUCAACCAAUCCACCAUGAGACAAAGAACAACUGUUUUCAAUCCUUAUUCAAGUCAUGACGGAAUUGUUCAAAAUGUAAAUAAAACAAAUUUCCAAUUGUCUAGUGUUGAUGGCUAUCCAUUUAUUGUUGAAAAUAAAUUCACAACUACACCAGAUAAUACAUAUCCUGCAAUUAAAGAACUCAGAAUUCAAUCAAAAUUUAGUAAAUCCGCUAAUAAUGAUCCAAUCUUUCAAUUUGAUUAUGCUCCUGGAUUGAAUAUUUAUGCAAUUCCUCAAGCUGAUGUCAAUGAACAAGAUUUUUGGCAACAAGUGGGGGAUUUGACCCUCGAGGUGUUGAAUAUUACCAUUCCUCCAGUAUCGUGGAUUUCAAACAUAAAUUCAUUUUAUUAUCAUGAUUUACAACCAGUCGAUUUGAUCAACGGAAAUGUACAUGAACAUUCAGAUUAUGAUUAUAGUUUUACGAAUGAAAAAGUCACCAUCAGGGAAUUGUUAACUAAUGUCGAUAGUUUAAAUUUUAAUAGUGAUCCAAAUUUAUUCAAAGAAGUCGGAUUAUUCUUAAUUGAUGAUAAAAUUUCCAGUCCAGAUGAUUUAAAUCUUGUUGGUCUUCGAGUUGUAUUGGAUGAUACAGAUGAAGAUCAGAAUAUACACAAGACUAUGUUUCAUAUAAAACCAAGACAUAGAUAUUUUGGUGAAUCCAACUCAAAAGUUAUCCCACAAGGAUUACAUCCAGUGUUGAAUACUAAAAUUGAUGUCACCCUUCCUGAUGAUGUUGACAUUCAAGAGUGUAAAUUAUAUUAUUAUUUAAAUGUGAACAAGUCUUUGAUCUUUGAUGAGUUUCAAAAUGUCCCUGCUGGAUCACAAUUGGUGGUUAAUAAUGGUAAUAAAAACUUGGAAUUGCCAGAGUAUAAAAUUAGUGAAUGGGGAAAUGAAGUCUUGUUAGAAUUUGACAAUAUCACUAAUGAAGUCAAUUUGACUUUACAUUCAAGAUAUCAAUUACCAGAAAAUGCUAACGAGAAAACGGAUACAACAAUUAUAAAUACCCCACCUGCUAUUUUCAUUGGCUGUAAUGUUAAAGAGGGCAAUCUUUUAGGCAAGUCUCCAUUUGAUACCAAAAAUAACAUUGGUGGUAAUUACGAAGUUUAUUUCACAGAGGAUACCGUGUUUUAUCAUUUGCUGGAUCAAAGUAAAGACACAUUGACAAUUGAUAUUCCACAUGGUGUUACUACAUUUGAUAGAAUCAACAGUAUUACGAUUCUUGGAUUAUUGAUUGGUAUAUUAUUUAUUGUCUACUCUAUUUUCUCCAAAUUGUUCUUCACUUCAAAAGUUAAAAAGGAUUAG